GGCCUCAGCGGUGCUGUGGAGCCGCCGAGGAGCUGGCUGCAACGUCUGCUCAUGGUCGGGCCGAGCGGACCUCCCGACCUCGGCGGACGGAUAGCCAGCCUGCUGUGGGACGUCCAGAUGCAGUACUCGGCCGCCGUGGAGUACAUGCUCCUCUUUGUCAAGAUGACCGCGGCCGAGCGGCAGGACCUCGCUGCAGGUGCACGGCGAGUGGUGGCUCCCGAGCUCUUCUCGCUCAUGCGCUGCUGCAAGAUGAUCCGCGAGGGCGUCAUAAUUUCGGCCGAGAUGCGCCGCCGAACAUUGGCACGUGAUUCGCCUGCCUCGGAAAGCGUGGUGGCGGACGAGAUCUGCGAGGCCCUGCUCAAAAAGUACCCCGUCAGCCACGCCGCCGCCUGCAAGCAGAGCUGCGGGUUUGUCCAACCUCGAGAUUGUCAUGUCAAGCGGGACUGCUUGGUGGCCGCGCCGGUGGUCCCCGCGCUGCCGUGAGGGCGGCCUGGAAGG